GGGGGCUGGACAGAGUCAAAGAAAAGGCUGCCAUGGAAACACCAGCGCUUGAGGCUUGAAGAGGGAGGUGAGCUGAAAGAGGUAUGGUUUUUCUUAUGGAAGAAUAUUCUGUUAUUUCAUGAUGGCAUUUGCACCUCCAAAAAGUACAGAUGCCCCCAAAAUGCAGACAAAGAUGAGUACUUGGACACCUCUAAACCAUCAGCUUUUGAAUGACCGGGUAUUUGAAGAAAGAAGAGCUCUGCUUGGAAAAUGGUUUGACAAAUGGACAGACUCUCAACGGAGAAGAAUCUUGACAGGCCUGUUAGAACGUUGCUCCCUGUCACAGCAAAAGUUCUGCUGUCGAAAACUUCAAGAAAAAAUUCCAGCAGAAGCUCUGGAUUUUACUACCAAGCUCCCAAGAGUGUUAUCUCUAUACAUCUUUUCUUUCCUGGACCCACGAAGCCUUUGUCGUUGUGCACAGGUGAGCUGGCACUGGAAGAACUUAACUGAGCUGGAUCAGCUCUGGAUGCUCAAAUGUUUACGAUUUAACUGGUACAUCAAUUUCUCUCCAACUCCCUUUGAGCAGGGUAUAUGGAAGAAGCACUACAUUCAGAUGGUAAAAGAACUUCAUGUUACCAAGCCAAAGACACCUCCAAAAGAUGGGUUUGCCAUUGCCGACGUUCAGUCAGUUACAAGCAGUCCUGCAGAGGAAAAGCAGUCCCCUGCGUCAGCUUUCAGGUCAUCUUCCUCUUUGAGAAAGAAAACCCACCCAAAGGAGAAAGAGCUCCCACCCUGGAGAUCAUCUGACAAGCAUCCAACUGAUAUCAUUCGCUUCAAUUACCUGGACAACUGUGACCCCAUUGAGCAAAUCUGGCGAGGGAGGAGGAAAAGACAUGAAAUGAAUCCAGAUUUCAGCCGACAAUCACAUGAUAAGAAACAUAAAUUGCAGGACAGAUCUAAGCUAAGAAAAGCACAGUCACUGAUAUCCCUAAGUGCAGAACCCAGCGCCGUUCUCCGAGUUCCUGCUCAUCUCGCCUGGUCUCUUCACCAGUGGGCAGGGCUCCAGGCCACCGAAGCCGACUCAAAGGUCCUCAUGCAACCUCUUCAGAGGCACCCUGGGCUUCAGGCAUUAUCCGGCCAGGCUCCAGAGCCGAAGUCAAUUUAAAAACAUGAAAGGAGUGCUCGCUUCGGCAGCACAUAUACUAAAAUUGGAACGAUACAGAGAAGAUUAGCAUGGCCCCUGCGCAAGGAUGACACGCAAAUUCAUGAGGCGUUCCAUAUUUUUAUGGAACUAGAGCGUAUCAUGCUUAGCGAAAUAAGUCAAGCGGAGAAAGACAACUAUCAUAUGAUCUCCCUGAUA